UACAAGUGAACCAUUCCGUUGACCCUUGCCACCCAAAAUGGCGUCGUUAGUGCUGAGGGGAGCGGUUCGCCUGUCGUCCGGAGCACGGAUGGGCCUUCUGCGCCCGUCUUGUGCCGCCAGGGAAACUGUUUCUACCCCGAGAGGAUGCAGCAGAGGUCUGGCGUCUGGAGCGACGGAAAAAGUUACCCAUACAGGACAGGUGUACGAGGAGAAAGAUUACAGAAAAGUCCGUUUCAUAGAUGCAAAGAAGGAGGUGAACCCCCACUUCGCCAUUGACCUGGUAGCAGAGGAGCCUCCCAUUGAAGUGGCCAGCAGUACUGCCUGCUGUGAUGGGGGUGGAGGGGCCCUGGGACAUCCGAAAGUCUACAUCAACCUGGACCAGGAGGGACCACACCCCUGUGGGUACUGCGGCUUACGUUUUGUGAAGAAGCACUGAUGUUAAAUCAUAUAAGAUAUAUAUCAUUGCUCUGUCCUCCGUUUUCUGUUUUUCCUCAAUCAGAUGCUAGCUAUAUCAGUAUGGAGUAAAAAAAAACAUAUGUACAGCUAAACUUUGGGAAAAAUGACAACAAGUUGUAUGUAGCCUGAUGUUUCUCUGAGCUAUUCUGUCAACAUGUACCCGUGGAUUGAUAACUGUAUGAUUUGCUGUGAAAAGUCCACAUCCAAACACCCCUGUUGGACAUGAGAAACAUUAAAUUCAGUCAGUUUAGCUCGUAAACCUAUAUGUUAUUUUAUUGUACACAUGUUUUGUUGAAUAAAAUUACAAAUGUAUGCUGUU